UUGAGAAUAAACACAAAAUAGGGAUAGAAGUGUAAAUGAACUAUGGUCCAAACUCUUUGAAGAGAGUAAGCCCAGCCCAAGCCCAAACCAAACCCAAACACAUGCUUACAUUAUCUAAACUUCUUCUCAUCAACAAAUUGCCACCUUCAAAUUGUCAAACCACUGUAACUUCUUCACUCCCCUUCUCCCCCAUAGCAAUGCCCAUCCAACUCCAUACUUCUACGCGCCUUCAUCACUUGCCUUCUCAUCUCCUUCCUCGUCCUCCUCUUCUCCGCUCUGCGCUUUUACUCCCUGCCUGUCGCCGUCCUUUACUGCGCCGUGAAUUUUGUAACCAUGAACGCUUCGGAGUCUCCAAUUGUACAAAACGUUCUAGCAAAAAUACCGUGACUGUGCUAGUAAAUGCAAUUGAUGGGCAAAAGACAAAUGAGCAACAUGAGAAGGUCAAAAGGGCUUACCCGUUUCACGAAAUUGAACCAAAAUGGCAACAUUAUUGGGAAGAGAAUAAGACAUUUCGAACCCCUGAUGAGAUUGAUACUUCCAAGCCCAAAUUCUAUGUUCUUGAUAUGUUCCCAUAUCCAAGUGGAGCUGGUUUGCAUGUUGGACAUCCACUGGGAUAUACUGCGACAGAUAUCCUUGCUAGAUUUAAACGCAUGCAAGGUUUCAACGUAUUGCAUCCAAUGGGAUGGGAUGCAUUUGGUUUACCUGCUGAGCAGUACGCUAUUGACACAGGCACACAUCCAAAAAUCACAACUUUGAGGAAUAUUAGUCGUUUUCGCUUGCAGCUUAAAUCAUUAGGCUUCUCUUAUGAUUGGGAUCGUGAAAUUUCUACGACAGAACCUGAUUACUACAAAUGGACUCAGUGGAUAUUUCUUCAACUUCUGAAGAGAGGACUAGCUUAUCAGGCUGAAGUGCCUGUCAAUUGGUGUCCAGCACUUGGUACUGUCUUGGCAAAUGAAGAAGUAAUUGAUGGUGUAAGUGAAAGAGGGGGGCAUCCAGUCAUCAGAAAGCCUAUGCGGCAGUGGAUGUUGAGGAUAACUGCUUAUGCUGACCGUCUUCUUGAGGAUUUAGAUGACCUAGACUGGCCUGAAAGUAUAAAGGAAAUGCAGAGGAAUUGGAUUGGUAGGUCGGAAGGAGCAGAAUUGGAUUUUGUUGUCAUAAAUGGUAACAGUCAGGAAGAAGAGAAAAGAAUAACAGUUUAUACAACAAGGCCAGACACUAUUUUUGGUGCAACAUACCUAGUCCUUGCACCUGAGCAUCCCUUUCUGUCAUCACUUGUAUCAGAAGCACAAAGUAAACAUGUAGAGGAGUACAGGGAACAUGCUUUUAGAAAGAGUGACCUUGAGAGGACUGAGCUUCAAAAGGAAAAAACAGGCGUCUUUACUGGUUGUUAUGCAAAAAAUCCAGCCAAUGGCCAAGCUGUUCCUAUUUGGGUUGCUGAUUAUGUCUUGGGAAGCUACGGGACAGGAGCAAUAAUGGCUGUGCCUGCCCAUGACACACGCGACUUUGAAUUUGCUAUGAAGUACACUAUCCCAAUUUCUUGGGUUGUAAGACCAGAUGAUAGCGAUUGUGGCAAUUUUGAGAAACCAUAUUCAGGUGAAGGAUCGAUGAUAAAUUCAUCAUAUUCAGAGUCAGGGCUUGACAUUAAUGGUUUGCCUAGCAAAGAAGCUGCUUCAAGAGUCAUCCAAUGGCUUGAGAAAAGUGGAAACGGGAAGAAAAAGGUAAAUUACAAGUUAAGGGACUGGCUUUUUGCCCGGCAACGCUAUUGGGGGGAGCCUAUUCCAGUUAUCUUUUUGGAUGACACAGGAGAAGGUAUUCCAGUUCCAGAAACCGAGCUUCCUCUUACCCUUCCUGAAUUGGAUGAUUUCACUCCCACAGGGACCGGGGAGCCACCUCUUGCCAAAGCAGAUUCUUGGGUUAUAACCAAAGAUCCUUUAUCUGGAAAACCUGCUAGGCGAGAAACAAACACCAUGCCCCAGUGGGCUGGUUCUUGCUGGUACUAUCUAAGAUUUAUGGACCCAAAAAACUCCAGCGCAUUGGUUGACAAGGCACAAGAACAGUACUGGGGCCCUGUUGACGUGUAUGUUGGUGGUGCUGAGCAUGCUGUUCUUCAUUUACUUUAUGCCAGGUUCUGGCACAAGGUUCUCUAUGACAUAGAUGCUGUGUCAACAAAGGAACCAUUUAAGUGUGUCAUAAAUCAGGGCAUAAUCCUUGGUGAAGUUCAAUAUACAGCAUUCAAAGAUGACGAAGGAAACUUGAUAUCAGCAGACUCUGUUGAUGAGCUGGCGGAGUACAAACAAGAAAGAAUACCUGAGGAAAAGGUCAUGAAAUCUGGUGACUUGUUUGUUUUGAAAGACAACCCCAACAUUCGUUUGAUUGCCCGAGCUCACAAGAUGAGUAAAAGUAGAGGAAAUGUCAUCAACCCUGAUGAUGUCGUUUUUGAGUAUGGUGCAGAUUCUCUACGCUUGUAUGAAAUGUUUAUGGGUCCAUUAAGAGACUCGAAAACAUGGAAUACAAGUGGUAUUGAUGGUGUUCACCGUUUCCUAGCAAGAUCUUGGAGAUUGGUUGUUGGUUCAGCCUCACCCACUGGUUCAUAUCUGGAUGGAACUGUUACAGUUGAUGAGAAACCUUCAAUUGAACAACUUCGUUCUUUACACAGAUGCAUUGAUAAGGUAACUGAAGAAAUUGAAGGAACUCGGUUCAACACUGGAAUUUCUGCAAUGAUGGAGUUCAUUAACGCAGCAUAUAAGUGGGACAAGCUUCCGAGAUCAAUUAUUGAAGCAUUUGUUUUGCUGCUCUCACCAUAUGCACCUCACAUGGCAGAGGAGCUCUGGUCUCGUCUGGGACACUCAAAUUCCUUGGCAUAUGAGCCCUUCCCUAAGGCUGAUGCUGCAUAUUUAAAAGAGAGUACUGUAGUCCUUCCAGUCCAAAUUAAUGGAAAGACUAGAGGUACCAUACAGGUCGAAGAAACAUGCACAGAAGAGGAGGCCUUUAGAUUAGCUUCAUUUGAUACAAAACUGUCCAAGUUUUUGGAUGGGAAAUCUAUUAGGAAGAGAAUUUACGUCCAAGGAAAAAUUCUGAACAUUGUCAUAGAUAUGCCGAAAAAGGCCAAGGUGGCUCAACAAUAGCUGAUACGAUGAUGCCCGGAAUCUCUAUACAAUAUGUUGUUUCAUAAGGGUUGACGGAUUAAUAACACUAAUGGUAGCAAAGCAGUGAUGGCACCUGUACCAUAAUUCAUUUGCUGUACAAUAUUGUUAAGAGAACAAAAACCUCUCCAGCAGUGUAAGUGGAAUAGGCUGUGUAGUAUAGUUGAAGAAACAGAAAGAGAGAGAGAGAGAGGGGUAAGCAGAAUUGCUUAAUCUAUUCGUCUUCUGCGUUAUAAAUUAUAUUCAUUGUUGUACCAUUGUACAAAAUAUGCUGUUGUAUUUGUUUAUGAAAUGUUUCUAUGUGUUUCAAUUUACAAGGAA